GGGUCGUCGCCAUACGAGCUUCCGGUGUGCUGCAUGUUCGUUUCUCCAUCACAGUUUGUAUGUUGGGUUGAGCUUGUAAGAAAAGUGAGGGCAAGUUAUCGCAACAGCUGGUGAAGAAAUACUUAUAACAGUUUUGCUGCGGGAGGAGAGACCAACAGACCGCAAACAUGCCGAGGAUUAUGAUAAAAGGAGGCGUCUGGCGCAACACUGAGGUACGUGUUUACAGGGCUAGCUGCGUUAGCCUUAUGCUAACCCCCUAUAGUAAAUACAUGGGUAUGGGUUCAGCGUUAAGUCUGAGUAACUGGCAGUUAUAGUUAAUCGAUUCAAUAAUGUGAUGAAAUAACAACUUUGUGCCUUAUUCUGUGUCUUUUUUUAUCCACACUGCCCACUCCUGCAGGAUGAGAUCCUCAAGGCAGCGGUAAUGAAAUAUGGGAAAAACCAGUGGUCCCGUAUCGCCUCUCUGCUACAUCGAAAGUCUGCCAAACAGUGCAAAGCCAGAUGGUAGGUCCUGGUGGAAAGUCACGAGGGAACUCUACCUUGCAAGACUUCAUUAAAACCAUACACUUAGUCAUUUUAGUACCUGUAGUGUGAAAUAUCUGCAAAAAUCCACACAGUUGGUGACUCCAAAAGACGAGGUCAAAUCCUCAUUUAGACGUCCUGCUGACUACAUUUAUGACUUAUUUGCAUAGUAAUAAACAUUUGUGUCUGUGUGCAGGUAUGAGUGGUUGGACCCCAGCAUCAAGAAAACAGAAUGGUCCAGAGAAGAGGAGGAAAAGCUGCUUCAUUUGGCCAAGCUGAUGCCCACCCAGUGGAGGACUAUUGCUCCCAUCAUAGGACGUACUGCUGCCCAGUGUCUGGAGCACUAUGAAUACCUGCUGUAAGUUCAUGAAAUAUACUCCAAGCCUGAGAGCUCAAACCCAUUAAUGAAUGGCACUGUUGAUUGAUUAAUUGAUUGAAGUUUAUUUUGAACAUAUAAAAAUAAUGAGAAUAAAAAAGUAAAGAAUACAACAACAAAUGACAAAAAGUUAUCCGUGUUCAAAAAGGAGUGGGAAGAAGUCGAAACGUAUCCAGUCCUGCCCCUUUAAUCAAUCAAUCAGUCUUUAUUUAUAUAUCACUUUUCAUACAUAACAUGAAGCACAAAGUGCUUUACACAGAAAAAGGAAUAAAAGAAACAAAGAAUACCCAAAUUUACCCCAACCCAACCCCUCACUCCCACCCCACGAUCUAAUUGCAGCAGACACAGCAUCAAAAUGCAUAAACUUAAAAAGGGCCUGAUUUUGUGGAAACAGGAGUGUGUGGACUGAAGAAAUGUCAUUUUAAAACUCAAGAUAAGGAAACACUGGAAGUUUAUGUUAAAAUCUAAAAACAAAGAAACAUAGAAUGAAAUUUAAGAAAAAAAUAAACAAAAUGAAAGAAAAACAACAGCGAAAGACACUAAGAGCACCAAAAUAGCUCAAUAAAAGACGAUCCUGUGAUGAAAAGUAGACUAGAUAAAUGCUAAAAUACUAAAACUAAGUUAAUGACAUAGAAUUUAGUUAAAAGCGAGACUAAAAAGGUACGUUUGCAGUUUGCUUUUAAAAUCAUUAAGAUUAGGUUCUCCUACACUUAUGAUUUUGAUAGAUAGAUAGAUAGAUAGAUAGAUAGAUAGAUAGAUAUUAUAUAAUAAUAUUAAUCAUUAUCAUAAUAGCAAUACAAAUAAUCACCAUAAUGAUUCACGGUUUGUGUUGUAUUUGGUUCUUAGUGACAAGGCAGCACAAAGAGACAAUGAGGAAGAAGUGGGAGAUGAUCCCAGGAAGCUUAAACCAGGAGAGAUUGACCCGAAUCCUGAAACUAAACCCGCCAGACCAGACCCUGUGGACAUGGAUGAAGGUUUGUUUUUUACUCCAAAUACUGUGAAAGUGGUGGCUUUUUUUUCCACAAGUUACACAUAUGAGCUGUAAUCAGGUGAACCUGGUUAUUGUGGUACUUUUAAUGUUAACAUAUUUACUUAAAAUUGAAUAUAUUGUAAAAGUUUAGAUUUUUGGUUGAGUUUAGAGCUGAAUGCAAAAAAAGGGGGUUGUAAUGGUUUAUAAAUAUAAGAUACAGAAGAUGUUUCAAUACAGUGGCUUAAUUGUUUUGUAGCUGGAUUAGAGCACAGGUUGACCCACAUUGGAAAUGUCCUUAUAGUUUCAGUAACUAAUUUCAUUUUUCACACAUUGUAGAUGAGUUGGAGAUGCUGUCAGAGGCCAGGGCUCGACUGGCCAACACACAGGGCAAGAAAGCCAAAAGAAAGGCUCGAGAGAAGCAGCUGGAGGAGGCCAGGUAACAUUAAUAUACACCACAAAGACAACAUGUGCCAAUACAAGGCAGGCGUUUAAAGUUCCUUUUGAUUUACGUUUUAAAGUUUCAAUUGAAGUCUCUUUCUGCUGCAGGCGUUUGGCUGCUCUGCAGAAGCGCAGAGAGCUUCGAGCUGCAGGAAUUGAUGUCCAGAAGAAGAGAAAGAAGAAGAGAGGAGUGGACUACAAUGCUGAAAUCCCUUUUGAAAAGAAACCUGCGCAGGUAACAUCCAUAGAUAAUUAAUUUAGAGACCACAAUAUCAACACAGCAUUUUGAGUGAAGUGACGGCCAUUUGGGUAUUUCUUACCUCCAUUUAAAUGUAGGGUUUCUAUGACACCAGCAUGGAGCAGUACGUCCCCCUGGAGCCCAACUUUAAACGCCUCAGACAGCAGCACCUCGAUGGAGAACUGCGCAAGUCAGUAUCAUCUUACACUUUGUUUUCUGCAAACAUACCUGUGUCCAAAUGAUUGUUCACUUGCUUGCCCCUUCUCUUUGUGUUUACUUGUGAAGAAAAUGUAAGCAUGUCAUUUUCUCUUCUGGUCAUGUAGGGAUUUAACUAAAAAUUAUGAACUUCAGCUGUCUUUUCUUGUUCUUUUCUUCAUAACUAAAACAUUCUGAUAAACUGUGAUUAGCACAACAGUUAAAGCAUGUUGAAUGGUUGAUGUAUUCUGCACAUCAUGAGGACAGUUGCAUCGAUCAUGUCUUGUGUUUAAGCUUAAACCUUUUUGUGUGUUUGUGUGAAGUGAGCAAGAGGAGAGAGAGAGGAAGAAAGACAAACAGAAGAUCAAGAAGAAAAAAGAGAGUGAUCUUCCAUCUGCCAUCCUGCAGACCAGUGGAGUGGCCGAGUUCACCAAGAAACGCUCCAAGCUGGUUUUACCUACACCACAGGUAACUGCCACACACAAACACCUGUACUCAUGUUACACUGUAGAUGUAGAUGUUUUCAACAGUUGGAGUUGUAGAAAUUCAUAAACCAAAUAUGAUUCAGUGUAAGUUAGGGCUUGGCGAUAUGGCCUCAAAUCAAUAUCAAGAUAUAUUGAGUAGUUCACCUUGAUAACAAUAAAUGGAUUACAGCUACUCCACAAGCUGCUCACCCCCUCCCACAUCAACUUUGUCUACUUUGGCGCCCACUCCAGCCGACAACUUUUGAACCGUCCUCCAUCUCCUCACCUGUCUUUCCCUCUUUGUUAUGGACUGGAUGAGGUGGAGUCACGUCUCCGACAUAGGACAGCAUAUUAAAGGGUCAUGAGACCAUAGCCUACCCACACACAUCCAAAACCAACUUUGUUUAUUUAUUUUUUAGACAUCAAAUAUACCAAUAUGGGCAAAAUGACGUUGGUUAUUGACGUACAUUUCGGUUUGGUAAAUUUUCGGUUAUCACCCAGCCCUAAUGUAAGUGUGUUUUUUUGUAUUUAAAUGUGUUUGAUUACAUUUAAUAUCGUGUUUGCACCAGAUCAGUGAUGCUGAGCUGGAGGAAGUCGUCAAAUUGGGUGUUGCAAGUGAAGUUGCUCGUCAAGCAGCAGAGGAGAGUGAAAGUGGAAACUCGGCCUCCUCAGCCCUCCUGUCAGAGUACAGCGUCACCAACACCAUGUCAACAGGCCUGCGUACCCCACGGACCCCAGCUGUGCAAGACAGGAUUCUUCAGGUAACUGAGAUGUAGACUAUGCGGUGACCAGCACUACUAAGUAUGGCUUAUACUUCAGUUUGAUACAGAUGAAAAAUUUAAAAACCAGUACCUCUUUGCUGCAUUACAGUACCAAGUGUGUGGAAGUCAUUCAACUUCAACAGAUAGUCUUUAAGGAGCUUUUGUCCUCCAGUUGCAAAGAAGUUAUUUAAAAUUUAAAAUCAGCUAUAAGAAAGUCUGUGCAAGUUGAAAUUUUCUUUUAAGAUCUGUAAAUAAAAAUGAUGGAUGCAGAUACGUUAUUUACUGGAUUACUUUUGAUAUCAUGCAGCACUGAGUUAUUUUUACCAUAAAUGUGUCUUCAGCAGGUUUGUGUAUUUGAAAGUGUUUCUGAUAUGUCUGUACGUUUAUUUUGCAUCAUUGUAGUCCAUUUUGUAAAGUGUUAAUAUCAGUAAGUGAAGUUGGCGUCCUUUGAAACUCUAAAUGUUUAUUCAUGUGUCUGUCUACAUUUGCAGGAGGCCCAGAACCUUAUGGCUCUGACCAACAUUGACACCCCUCUAAAGGGCGGCCUCAACACCCCGCUGCACGAGAGCGACUUCAGCGGAGUGACCCCUCAGCGUCAGCAGAUUCAAACCCCCAACACAGUUCUCAGCACACCUUUCAGGUAACAGUUCAGACACUUCUGUUUUGAUAAUUACACCAACCUGCUGGUUCAGUGAAUGUUCACAGUCCUGCUGAUCUCCAACAGAACUCCUGGACAGGGUCAGGGGCAAGAGGGCAUGACUCCUCAGGCUGGGGGAGCGAUGACCCCACGUGGGGCAACAACACCAGGUUUGACCCCCGGCCGCACACCGCUCAGAGACAAACUGAAUAUUAACAGUGAGGAGCAACUUGCUGAUCCUGCAUACGCUAAACACAUGGUGAGUACACAUUUUCACUCAUGCACACGUCACCUAAGAGUCUGUGAAGGUUACCUGGAUCUGUACUGUAGGAUCUGAGAAGUAGUAGCUACCAACUGAAGCAGGCUAAUCUAAAUGGCAGCGAGAGGAAUGGAGUCAAAAAUAACUUUACUAAAAAGCAUAUUUGAUGUUUCUCUGUUUUCGUUUACAGCAAAGAGAAAGUUUGCAACAGCUGAGGCAGGGCCUGCUGUCACUUCCUGUUCCCAAAAACGACUUUGAGAUCGUUCUCCCUGAAAAUGCUGAGAAAGAGCUCGAAGAGACAGAGAUGGAGACAGGGUUCAUCGAAGACUCUGCAGACAUUGAGGCACGAAAGCAGGUAUAAACACAUUCCGGGAUCAAUGAACAUUUGACCACAGCUGAAGGGUAACAAUACAGUUAUUGUUUGCAGGGGCCAAUGCCAUUCAAAAAACAUGAAAUCAUAAAUGUAUAUAUAGCCAUGUGUUUCCCUGUAGUUCAGAUAAAAAAGGUUUGCGAUUUAUGUGUGUUUGUGUGUCUGUGUCAGGCUCAACGGGCGGCAGAGAAAGAGAAAGAGCUGAAGCUGCGACACACUGCUGUUCAGAGGAAUCUCCCCAGACCCACUGAGGUAAAACCCACUGACUGCACAAAGCAUCAAUUAAAGGCAGUUUUAAUUCUCCCUGACCCUUACACCACAGCUGGGUGAAAAGGCUGCAAUGCAGUGUCUCAUCAGCCCUUUUUAACCCCCCCAUACUAUUGUAGCUUAGGAUUUAAUUCUAAAACACACACAGUGAAUGAAACGAUCACUAAGUAUUCAAACAACUUGAAGAGGUUUUUUUUUUUCUUUAGCAAAUUUCUCAAAAUCAAACCAAGCUUUAUCUACUUUUUACUAAACAGAAUUUCAUUGUAACAAAUUUGGGGACAUGCUCUUUUGCCUUUUUGUAAUUUGAUGAGUCUAAUUAAUGUUGGAAUAAUUUUGUACGGUAUCGAAUACGAUCAGUGGGGUUUGUUUUCGUGUUUUGCACAGUCAAGGCAGUUCAUUAACACGCAUCUCUGCAGGUAAACGAGUCCGUCCUCCGUCCCGCCUCCAGCGAGCCCAUGUCGGACCUCCAGCUGGCCGAGGAGCUGAUCAAACAGGAGAUGAUUUCCAUGCUGCACUACGACUGUCUGCACCACCCCUCAGCCCUCACAGCCAGUCAGCUACAGCGUAGCAAAGGCAGAGGCCCCGCCUCCACGUCUAACAAUGCGUCACACAUCGCGUACCUGGAAACGCACCCGUAUAAAACCGUGAGCACAGAGGAGAUGGAGCAGGUAACAUACGUUUUCAUGCAAACUAUACUUAACUUGAAACUAUCAACUGAAUGUUUCUGUGAAUACUGUUUGUUUAAUCACCUUAUUAUCAUUAUCAUGUAUUCGUUUGAUCAGGACAAUACACAUUAAUUGACAUGUCAGCAAAAGCGCCAAUGUAAAUAUGCCAGAGUUAGCAUAAAUGCUCAUUUUAAUCCAUUGUCCUAAGGCAGAUAUUUACAUUAUUGGUGCGUUCGAGUCACCUUGGAAGUCACAAGUCGGAGUGGAAAAUGAUGUCACACCUGAAUCACCAGCAUUUUAGUUACCAAGCCUGAAAAAAGCAAAAUUGAAACAAGAUGGCUACAUCUACGAAAGUUAUUUUAGCGCUUAAGGCAAGCGCUAAAAAAACUUUCGUAGAUGUAGCCAUCUUGUUUCCACCUCCGAUUUUUCUUUUUUCCGACUUGGUAACUGGAACGCUGGUAGCUCAGGUGUGACAUCAUUUUCCGCUCAGACUUGUGACUUCCAAGGUAACUUGAAUGCUGAAUAUAUUUACACAAUACACUCUGACAAAAAGAUUAAAUAUGCAAGAUCUUACAUACAGAGUCAGUUCAAAUUCACAGAGAAAAGAUAAGAAGGUUACUCUGUUUGUUAAAAAUGUGUAACUGGAGGUGAUAAUUAAUGAUGUCGCUCAUAAACAGGCAAAGGCGAUCCUCGCUGCAGAAAUGGAGGUGGUGAAGGCAGGUAUGGGACACGGUGAUCUCAGCAUGGAGGCUUAUAGCCAGGUGUGGGAGGAAUGCUACGGGCAGGUGAGCAACCCUCUGAGAGGAAAGCAGAAGGGCAAAGGGAAUCAUCUAGUUUAAUUUAGUGGCUGUUUUUUUUUUUUUUUUCCACUGUGAAUCAUGUUUUGUCUCUUUGUCUGCAGGUUUUAUAUCUACCCACUCAGAACAGGUACACCCGAGCUAACCUGGCAUCAAAGAAAGACCGCAUUGAAAGCCUGGAGAAGAAAUUAGACGUGAGUGAGCACAGAGAUAUCUAAUCAAUUAGGAGUUAAUCACUUCACCUCUGAAAAACAGUGGAUAGAUCGGUUGAAACCCUGUAGUCACUCACUGCGUUUCCCUUCAGGUAAACCGAGGUCACAUGACCGCAGAGGCUCGUAAAGCAGCGAAACUGGAGAAGAAAAUGAAAAUUCUGCUUGGAGGGUUUCAGUCCAGAGCGCUGGGGCUCCUGAAGCAGCACAAUGAACUCUGGGAACAGGUACUGAAUGAACCUCUGCACUACUGAAGAGAUUUCUAUCCAAUAAAAUGCCUUCUUUGUUUAUGUUUCAGUAACAGAUGCAUCAAAUAGACAUAUUUAAUCAGAUCAUCAGCCUGUUUUACUGCAUUGUAAAUAAUUUAUCUGAAAUAACAAAUCUGACUAUUUUUCAGUCAGUGUCUUUUGGUUUUUCAAAAAUGUAACUUUAAAAAAUAUAUAGAACAAGUUUGCUGUGAAUAUACUUUUGUAAUGAAGUUUUGCUUUUGGUGUCCACUAGGUGGAGCAGUCAGCCACAGAGCUUGAAACCUUCAGUCAGCUGAAGAAACAGGAAGAUACUGCAAUUCCUAGGAGACAAGAGGUGGGUAGAUUUUGUGUACAAAAAUGAAAUCAACAUUCUGAACUUUGUUUUUUCAGUUUGAUCGUUUUAAGUCAAAUGUCUGUGGACUCAUCAGCCAGACUUCACAUCUCUGCAGCCCCCGACUCUUGAAAAAAUAUUUUUUAUUGACUGAAGUUUAUUGUUUAGGUUUGUUUUUUCCUUUUGCCAAAAUGCAUUCAAGGAUAUUUGAAAAAUAUCUGAAGACAUUCAGGCAACUGAGCAACCAAAGCCCUGUAAAACCAUCCGAACUUUUCAUUAUCGGCCCCGAAGGCGUCUCUGCUGACAAAUUUACAAUGUGUUAUUUCAUCAGGCUCUGCGAGAGGACGUGGAGAGGCAGAUGGAGAGAGAGAGAGAGCUUCAGCAGAGAUACGGAGAGCUGCUGAUGGAUAGAGAGGGUCUCAUCAACAGCGCGCAGAAAUACUGAUCCACACACAACUGUACACACACACACACACACACACACACACACACACACCUGCCACGUCAUUUCAGGCUAACAGCUGCUCCACCAGACAAAACAGAAACACAACUGCGUUCUCUCUCAUCUGUACUGCGAGUAAUUCCUGAACCAUUCUGUCAUUCGUCAAUGUUUGCGGCAUUUCCAGAGAAGAGCUCGCCUCCAUGUGCUCGUGAUGCUAUGAUGUCACUAAGUUUUAGCAUGCUCAGAAGUUCCUGUGUUUCUGUAUUAGUGACCAAUAAAGUUUCUUUUCAACAAUGAAAA